AUGGAAGGCAUAGAAUCAUGGAGUGCAGCUUCCCUAACAGCAGAGGAGCAUGUAGUACAUGGUGCUUCUGAUCCUACCGACACCCCAGAGAUGAGCAUGGCUUCUGAGGAAGAGCCUAUGAAGGACAAUGAUAACACAAAACCUGAAGAUACUCCAGACGAGCACCCUUCCGAGCUUGUUUAUUCACUAAGUAUACACUGCUCGUACUCUGGUGAAACAAACUUCGAUAAAUACUAUUGCUAUCCUCUCUCAAUAGAGAGCAGCAUCCUCACCAACAUCACCACCGCCAACAAAGAAACUGUGUGGGGACUACAUAUGGAUGCUCCAAAUUAG